AUUCCGGCUUCGAGCUUCUUGGUAUCAGCUGCAUUGCUCAGUAUCUUCACCUAGGAGACAGGAUUGCCGACUUUAGGUCCAGAAUCCAAGAUCUCGACAUCGCACGCCACAUCUAUUCUCCGCCGAUAUGCCCCUCGCAACCGAGAUUCAGGACUUUAUCCUUCAGUACAAAAGCGACUGGGACUCGUCAGUGAAUGUGGCCUGCGAGAAAUUCUUUGAGUCCUAUCACGCGUCCGUGGCUCCAUCGGUUCCAAACUCAUCGAUCCGAUGGGAACAGGAUGUCAAGUACGGACCCGAUCCGCGACAUCGACUGGAUAUUUUCUGGCCUGCAGAUGCCUCCGCAACAGAAGCGACCUGCCCCGUGGUUGUCUAUUUCCACGGCGGUGCGUUCAGGGUCGGUGAUAAUGUCAUCACACCGCACAUGCACGCAAACAUCGGAAAAUUCUUCGCUUCUCAAGGAAUGGUAGGAGUACUGGGCACGUACCGUCUGCUACCCGAGGCUCGAUUUCCCGACGGACGGGAAGAUGUCGCUGCCGCGCUGACCUGGCUCUCUGACAAUGCCCAUCAGUACGGCGGCGACCGAAAUGCGAUUUUCGCGCUCGGUCAAAGUGCCGGUGGUGGACUUCUAGCCAUGGCCCUGUUCAGCGGAAGGUUGGAACUGGAUAAAGAUCGGAGCCUGGUUCGCGGAGUUCUGUUGUUGAGUGCUGCACUGGACUAUGAUUUGACCAGGGAAGACCGGGGGAAGAGCAUGGAGGCGUACUACGGAACGCAGGAUCAUGCUGCUAUUCACGCCCAGUCUGCUCUUGGGACUUUCAAGAACUUGCCCUGGGAGGAUGAGGUGGUCAGGAGAACACCAGACCUUUAUCUCAUGCUGGCGGAGUGGGAUUUCGAUGAGUGUGUGCGUAGUAACUUGGAGUUCCUGAGAGAGUACAGGACCCGGCGGCAUCGGGUCCCUCGGUUCGAGGUCUUGCCCGGCCAUAACCAUGUCAGUUACUGUUUGUCUAUGGGGCUGCCCGGGGACGAGGUUGGACCGAGAAUUGUGGACUGGGUGAGACGGUGCUUGGAGCUGGAGUGAUGUUGUGGACAUAUCAUCUGUUGUGCAAUGAGUCAAUUAUACAUAACCAGAUUCUGU